GGCACAGGAAGCGCCGGGAGGCCUGAGCCGUCCCAGGGUGCCCCGCGCGGCGUGGACUCGGGCCGCUGCCGCCAUCCCGCUGGAAAGAGGGAGAGAGAGGCCCGCCCGCUCGCCGGCCGGGCCAGUGUGAGCCAUUGCGUGAGGGCGCGGGGGGCCGUGUCAGCGAGACGCAGAGCGCAGCCGCCACCACCAAACGGACAUGUUGAAGACCGGCGCUGCCGCCGCCUCCUUUUCCUCAUCCUGCGAACGGGACUGAGAGGGGGCCCGCCACCUCUCCGCCUCUGCCUCGGCCGCCCGCCUCGCCGCUUCGGCAGCAGCCUCUUCCUGCCCGGGCCUCGGGCUCCGCCGCUCGUCGCCUCCCCCCAGCCACCAGGCCCGGCUGGUUUCCCCGCCCCGCUCCGCCGCGGCGCGAGGUCUAUGUGACCGGCGGGCCCGGAACAGCCGCCGCCGCCGCAGCGCGAACAUGGACGCCGUCAACGCCUUCAACCAGGAGCUCUUUUCACUUAUGGAUAUGAAACCUCCCAUCUCUAGAGCCAAGAUGAUUCUCAUCACUAAAGCUGCUAUUAAAGCUAUUAAGCUUUAUAAGCAUGUAGUUCAAAUAGUAGAAAAGUUCAUCAAAAAGUGUAAACCAGAAUACAAGGUUCCAGGAUUAUAUGUAAUUGACUCAAUUGUGCGACAGUCUCGUCAUCAGUUUGGAACCGAUAAAGAUGUUUUUGGGCCAAGAUUCUCUAAAAACAUAACCGCCACAUUCCAAUAUUUAUAUCUUUGUCCAUCUGAAGAUAAGAGUAAAAUAGUUCGUGUGCUGAACCUUUGGCAAAAAAAUGGAGUGUUCAAAAUUGAAAUUAUUCAACCUCUUUUGGACAUGGCAGCAGGAACCAGUAAUGCAGCCCCAGUAGCAGAAAAUGUUACCAAUAAUGAAGGCUCACCUCCACCUCCAGUAAAAGUUUCUUCUGAACCUCCCGCACAAGCCACUCCAAACUCCGUCCCAACUGUACCACAGUUGCCCAGCUCUGAUGCUUUUGCUGCUGUGGCUCAGCUAUUUCAGACAACUCAAGGCCAACAGCUUCAGCAGAUCCUUCAGACUUUUCAACAGCCUCCAAAACCACAGUCUCCUGCCCUUGACAAUGCUGUGAUGGCUCAGGUUCAGGCUAUCACAGCUCAGUUAAAGACAACUCCUACACAACCAUCUGAACAAAAAGCUGCUUUCCCCCCACCUGAACAGAAAACUGCAUUUGACAAGAAGUUGCUUGAUAGAUUUGACUAUGAUGAUGAGCCAGAAGCUGUGGAAGAAUCAAAGAAAGAGGAUACCACUGCCGUUGCCACAACAGUACCUGCUGCCUCUGUGCCCCCUGCACCCACCGCCACCGUGCCUGCUGCUGCUGCACCCGCUGCUGCCUCUCCUCCUCCUCCACAGGCACCAUUUGGCUUUCCUGGAGAUGGCAUGCAGCAGCCAGCAUACACACAGCAUCAAAAUAUGGAUCAGUUUCAGCCACGAAUGAUGGGAAUACAACAGGAUCCAAUGCACCAUCAGGUUCCACUUCCUCCUAAUGGACAAAUGCCAGGAUUUGGACUUCUUCCUACACCUCCAUUUCCUCCCAUGGCUCAGCCUGUGAUUCCUCCAACUCCACCAGUGCAGCAGCCUUUCCAAGCUUCUUUUCAGGCACAGAAUGAACCACUUACACAGAAGCCACAUCAGCAGGAAAUGGAAGUAGAACAACCUUGUAUUCAAGACGUUAAGCGACAUAUGUCUGAUAACAGAAAGUCAAGAUCUAGGUCAGCAUCCAGGUCACCAAAAAGGAGGCGAUCUAGAUCUGGUUCUAGAUCUCGAAGGUCGCGUCAUCGACGUUCUCGAUCUCGGUCCAGGGAUAGACGCCGACAUUCUCCUCGAUCUCGAUCCCAAGAAAGACGGGAUCGAGAAAAAGAGAGAGAACGUCGACAAAAAGGCCUCCCGCAAGUGAAACCAGAAACUGCAAGUGUUUGCAGUACUACCCUCUGGGUGGGACAGCUGGACAAAAGAACUACUCAGCAGGAUGUUGCCAGUCUCUUGGAAGAGUUUGGUCCAAUUGAAUCAAUUAAUAUGAUUCCUCCCAGGGGUUGUGCCUAUAUUGUUAUGGUUCAUAGGCAAGAUGCCUAUCGUGCCCUGCAGAAACUGAGCCGAGGAAACUAUAAAGUGAACCAGAAAUCCAUAAAGAUUGCCUGGGCCUUAAACAAAGGAAUAAAGGCAGAUUAUAAGCAGUAUUGGGAUGUAGAACUUGGUGUUACUUAUAUUCCAUGGGACAAAGUCAAGCCUGAGGAACUGGAGAGUUUUUGUGAAGGAGGAAUGUUGGACAGUGACACACUUAACCCAGAUUGGAAAGGAAUUCCUAAGAAGCCUGAAAAUGAAGUUGCUCAAAAUGGAGGUGCUGAAACCUCACACACAGAACCAGUAUCACCCAUACCUAAACCGUUACCUGUGCCUGUCCCUCCUAUUCCUGUUCCUGCACCUAUAACAGUGCCCCCUCCACAGGUCCCACCACAUCAACCAGGUCCACCUGUAGUUGGUGCUCUCCAGCCACCUGCUUUCACGCCUCCUCUGGGAAUUCCACCUCCAGGCUUUGGUCCUGGUGUUCCUCCUCCCCCUCCUCCUCCACCAUUUUUGCGCCCAGGAUUCAACCCAAUGCAUUUACCACCAGGUUUUCUUCCUCCUGGACCCCCACCUCCUAUAACUCCACCAGUAUCCAUUCCUCCUCCUCACACUCCACCAAUAAGCAUCCCAAACUCUACUAUCGCUGGUAUAAAUGAAGACACUACAAAAGACUUAUCUAUUGGAAAUCCCAUUCCAACAGUGGUGUCUGGGGCUAGAGGAAACGCCGAGUCUGGUGACAGUGUGAAAAUGUAUGGCUCUGCUGUGCCACCUGCUGCACCCACGAAUCUGCCCACCCCUCCUGUAACCCAGCCUGUUUCACUUCUUGGCACUCAAGGAGUUGCUCCUGGUCCUGUAAUUGGACUUCAGGCACCAUCUACUGGUCUUCUUGGCGCCCGGCCCGGUCUCAUCCCGCUCCAGCGCCCUCCGGGAAUGCCCCCACCUCACUUACAGCGGUUCCCUUUGAUGCCGCCCCGUCCCAUGCCACCGCACAUGAUGCACAGAGGCCCGCCGCCAGGACCAGGGGGCUUUGCGAUGCCCCCACCUCAUGGAAUGAAAGGUCCCUUCCCACCGCAUGGCCCCUUCGUUAGGCCUGGUGGAAUGCCAGGGCUCGGGGGCCCAGGGCCAGGCCCAGGGGGUCCUGAAGACAGAGACGGAAGGCAACAGCCGCCGCAACAGCAACAGCAGCAACAGCAGCAGCCGCAGCCGCCCCAGCAGCAGCAGCAGCAGCAGCAACAGCAGCCGCCGCCAUCACAACAGCCUCCACCAACACAGCAGCAGCCACAGCAGUUUAGAAAUGAUAACAGACAGCAGUUCAAUUCAGGUAGAGACCAAGAAAGGUUUGGAAGAAGAUCUUUUGGAAAUAGGGUGGAAAAUGACCGGGAACGGUAUGGGAACCGUAAUGAUGAUAGAGAUAAUAGUAACCGUGACAGGAGAGAGUGGGGAAGGAGGAGCCCUGACCGGGACAGGCACAGAGACUUGGAAGAGAGAAAUAGACGCUCUAGUGGGCAUCGAGACAGAGAGAGAGAUUCUAGAGAUAGAGAGUCUCGUAGAGAGAAGGAAGAAGCACGAGGAAAGGAAAAGCCUGAGGUGACAGACAGGGCAGGUGGUAACAAAACCGUUGAACCUCCCAUUAGCCAAGUGGGAAAUGUAGACACUGCUUCAGAACUUGAGAAGGGGGAGUCUGAGGCUGCAGUCCUAAAGCCUUCUGAAGAGUUACCUGCUGAGGCUACCUCAUCCGUUGAACCCGAAAAGGAUUCUGGCUCAGCAGCAGAGGCUCCUCGUUAAGAGACUGGAAUUUGUGAAAAUGUGACAGUGACACUUCCUGGAGUGUAGAGCUUGAGGUGUACAGAUGCUGUAUUAUAUCCGCUCCCGCUGUACUGCAGCCCCGCGCCAGCUGGUGGGGAACUGUAAGCAAUUUGAUUGCUUCCCUUCUAUUUAAAAAUAGCCACAAAAUAACAAAAAAUACUGAAAAUAUGAAUAAAUAUUACCCUUUUUGCUGUAACUUUUUAAAAGUUUUGACUUUAAAAAGUUUACAAAUCGUAAUUAGAAGUGCUCUCUAUUUUUUUUUUUUAAUUUAAGACAAGGUAACGGUGAAAGCUCCUCAAAACAAUAGGGAUGUUUUUAAUAAACUCUAUUUUCGUAACAAA